UUUACAAGUCACAACGUGCGGUUGAUUUUUCACAUAUUUUUGUUUUCUAUCUAAAAUUAACUAAAAACUAUGUCCACACGCUGGUAUCCAAUUUAUCAACGGGGCAAUCCGCAACUGCGAGUGUUUCUGCCAAAUUUCUGGAUGAAAUUGGUGCGGCCCACAGAGGAACAGCCUCCCAAUGUUGUUACCUUUGCAGUGUCCACAGAAAUGACCAAACAUGAUGUGAAAAAUUAUCUGGAGAAGAUCUACAAGGUGCCGGUGGUGGAGGUGCGUACACGCAUAGCUUUAGGCGAUACGAAACGUGAUCAAACCUAUGGAUAUAUCACAAAGAACGACGACGUUAAGAUAGCUUAUGUAACAAUGCCAAAAACCGAGGCUUUCAAAUUUCCCGAUCUUUUUGAAAAGAAGGCGGAACAACUGGAAAAGGAUGAGAAGUCAAUGGACGAUUCCAAGGAAGGUUUUCGCAAGUUUUUGGAACGCAACAAAAAGCGUCCCGGCACCCCCGGCUGGUUCUCAAUUUAGAUUAUAGUUUAGCUUUUAGUUGUUGCAACGAAUAAUAACCAUUUAUUUUGAAAGUCCAAAGAAA